AUGUCUGAAACUGAAGAAGUCAGAACUCCUCUACAACAAAAACUUGAUGAAUUUGGAGAACAACUUUCUAAAGUGAUAUCUGUUAUUUGUGUUGCAGUAUGGGCAAUUAAUAUUGGACACUUCAAUGAUCCUGCUCAUGGUGGUUCCUGGAUUAAAGGAGCUGUUUACUAUUUUAAAAUUGCCGUAGCUCUUGCUGUUGCUGCCAUUCCAGAAGGUUUACCUGCUGUUAUCACAACUUGUUUAGCUUUGGGAACUAGGAGAAUGGCAAAAAAGAAUGCUAUUGUAAGAUCAUUGCCUUCAGUAGAAACCUUAGGUUGCACAUCUGUUAUUUGCUCAGAUAAAACUGGUACAUUGACCACAAAUCAGAUGUCUGUUAGCAGGUUCUUCAUUUUGGACAAAGUUGAAGAUGGUGAAAACACAUUCUUAGAGUUCGAAGCUACUGGCUCCACAUAUGAACCAAUUGGUGAAGUGUGAGUAAAGUAGUUUUUUACAUAAAUUAUGUAAACCUUUGGCAGAUAAAAGUUUUAAUUGU